AUGUCUUCUAGUCAUAGUGGCACUGCGAGUGGCCUAGCAGAGCGCACCAAGAAGAUUUCGCAUGAAGAUGUGACUGGACAAUUUUCUAAAGCUGACGAGAAGGCCACCAGCGAAGGGCAUUCCCAGCAGCCCUUGUUCGACGACGUCAAAAACAUACAAACCGCUACAGGUUAUAACAACGAAGUAUUCGUCAAUGCUUCAUCGUUGUCUUAUGGCACCAGUGACACCAACAGGACUUUUUCGGGUGAGACGUAUGCUGGAACGACCCGGGACGGCUCCAUCAGCGUCACGGUGAUUGACACAUACUGGCCAAUGGACACCAACAAAUCCGCGGUGGAAGAGAAAGAUGACCCAGGGCCGUCGUCUUUGCCGAAUGCGGUCAACAAAACUACCACGGUUGGAAGUUUCGAAAGACGAUCGAGUGACAGCAGUAUCCCAGCAGCAAAUGACACAAAUGCGCCAUUUGCCCCAUACGAGCUCACGGCCAAAGUAGUGCCGCGUGAGGCGCCCACGUCGACCACCCGCGCCAUUACUCAAACCGCCGAGGGCGAAGCUUUCGAAACAGGACUAGACGACGGCUUCUAUGGAACGACAGAGGAGCCACGACGGGAGGGCCGCAUGGGUGGCGAAGUACGCGCCACCAAUCGACUGCUGUGCACAGCCGGGAGCAGAGCUUCCUCGGAGGAGAUGCUGCCGCCGGACGGACUCUGCGAACUGAUGUUCUACACGGAUGUCGUGUGGCAGGACGGAGCGCUGCGCGGUGCCCAGAACAAGGAGAGCUGGGAAGCUUUCCAGGCUGCUGCCGAAGCAGCCACGAGAAGCGGACACGGACUAAGAGCCAAUGACCUUUUCGGGAGCCUCACUACACCUCUGGGUCGGCAGAAGCUACGCGAGCUGUUUUUCAAGAACGUCGUCCACUACGGCAUAUUGAAAGCAACGGGAACGGUGGCGCAGCUCCUUGAAGAUAUGCAUGGAAAGCUAACACUGCUGAAGGCGCUGAAGCAGCUCCAAGAAAAGUUCAUGUCCGAGGCCCCAAUGACGAAGCCGAGGCUGGACAUUGCUCUUGGCGUCAGAUUCACCACUUACGACAGCCCUGACGACAGCAAGCAUCAUUCUGCAGCAAUGACAGCUAUGUCCAACCACCUUCCAGUCACAAUUUUCAUUGUCCACACUCAUAUUGCAGACUGGGAAACAGGUAGAUAUCCUCUCAUAGGAACAUUGUGGAACCACGGCCAGGAGGAAACCAACGUAGUCAGCGCGCCUUCGCUUCUUCGCACUGCCAGAGACCUAAACGCUGCCAGCAUUCCUCCGAGAACUUGUGUCAUGGCGUCGUUCACACUGAUGGUGGGAGAGUUCCAUAAGGUGAAGAUCUCCGCGAAGAACAUUCUAAGCGCGGGCUCUUUGGUGAUUAAGGACUUCUCGCAGCUUUGCAGCCGAAAAACCGGCGUGUUUGUCGUAAACAAGGCCCUAGUGAAGCUGUACUCCGUUGGCUACAACCGGACAUACGCCUAUGAUGAUGCUGAAACAAUGACAGCAAAGGCUGUGGCUUUCUUCAAGCUCUACCAACACCUGCGUCAGGGCUGGGCUGUGUUCGAUACAGAAUUUGAGGACUACGAUGACACCUGCGGCAACGGCACCUUCAGCAGGCUGAAGGCUUUCAAGGCGAAGCUUGUCGCAUGAUUCCAGCGUUUGCUACAUAAAAGGGGGGUGA